AUGGUGACGGUGACGGUGACCCCGGGCCGCGCCCGGCAGCUGACAGACGGCCGGAGACUGACUGACGGACUGGCCGACCGUUCGCCCUCCCGGAGUGACGGCGGGUCCGCUGGCCGAGCGCCACCGCUCCCGGAGUUUAUCAGCGAGCCCGGCAGCAGAAGCCCGCAUCAGCCGGGCGAGGUCCCUGAGCAGCGGUGGGCUGCAGGUUGUGGAUCAGUGCAGAGCCUGCAGCCGGGGGGAGAAUUAAGGAAGAUUCAUCAACUCACUCAGGAUGUCCUGGACCACGAGCUCUCGGUUCAGCUUGGCUGGGAGGACCACGUGAACGCUCCUUGGCAUCGAGCCCUGCGCGGCUCGCUCUUGGCUCGGAGGACCAUCGUCGGCUCCUUGUCGCUGGAGGACCCGGGUCGCCAGGUCGGCGCGGCCGGUGGUCGGGGCGCCGGGAGGGACCGGGAGCGGCGGCGGUGCCGCCAACACCCACACCGAGGCCCCGGGAAACCCGUCAGCGGCAGAGCCGAGGGCUCACUGCCGGGAAAGCCCCGGGACUGGCGGCGGUUGGAGGCCGGCAGGUGUGGUGGCAGCGAACGUCUCCGGCGGCGACAAGGGUGGGAGCGGCUCGGCCGACAUCUGCCGGGACUUCCUGCGCAACGUCUGCAAGCGGGGCAAGCGCUGCAAGUUCCACCACCCGGAGGCCGCCGGGGCUCCCGAGCCAGGCGCCUCUGCGGACGAGCUGCCCCUGGGCAAGGGCGAAGUGCCCGUCUGCCGCGACCACCUGAAUGGCGACUGCCAGAGGGGCGCCAAGUGCAAGUUCCGGCACGUGGAGCCAGAGUCCGGCGGUGGCAGCGCGGCAACCCUGGAGCCGGCGCGCUCGCCCGCAGCCCACCGUUUCGACCGUGCGCUGACCUCCAGGACGAGUACGGCAGCCACGGGCUGAAGAGGCAGCGGCUGGAGAGCCUGCGCUUCGACCUGUACGACCACGGCGUGCCGCGCCCGUUCCCGGUGGACUACCGCUACCUGGAGGAGGAGAACCUGAUGCUGCGCAAGAGGGUGGAGGAGCUGAAGAGGCAGGCGUCCAACCUGAUGGCCACCAACGAGAUCCUGCUGGAGCAGAACGCACUCUACCGCAACCAACCCAAGGUGGUGGCGCUCGCUGACAAGCGGCCACCGGCCUCGCCCACCGUGGCCGCCGUCACUGCCUACAACCACACCGUCGUCCAGGCCCACAACUCACUGAGCAGCCAGGCGCUGCCGUCCCGGCAGGAGCUGGUGGCCUCCGCCAACGCCGUGCCCCAGCCAGCGCCGCCCGCCCCCCCUGGUCCGCACUUGGCUCCCGAGCUGGCCCUGGCUCAGACCAUCGCCCAGAGCAUGGCCACACCUGUCUCCAUGGCUCUCACCGUCUCCAUCUCGCCAGCCAUCCCGGGCAUCACCAUGAGCCACGCCACCACCCCGAUGGUCAGUUACGCUAUCGCCUCGCAGAGCAUGAGGAUCACGCCAAUACCCCACUGAGGACAGCUAUCCCCUCACCUCCUUUUCACCACUUGGCUUAAUUGCACCUCUCUGACGUGCUCUUUCUUUCAGUCUUGCGUCCCUGUCGAUGCCGGACAGUUUUGCAUUUAUUGCUCUAACUCCUGAUCCCUGUAAUGCAACUCCAACCCAAUUCCCCGGUUUUGUGUGGGGAAGGGAGAUGUUUAUCUGUUAAAUCAGGAGGACCGACCAAGGAGACCGACAACAAUUUCUGGGAGAAUAGAAACAGCGACACUUCUGCUUUGUUUUACGAUAUUCGGAGUCUCUGCCUCAGCGCUGCUGGUUGUCGAUAUCUGCAGUCUCGCUGGAGGUGAGGAACUCUCAAGAUUCCUUUGGAAGAGACUGUGUAUACAGCAGCAUUGCAUACCUUAGAAGACUUCAGAUCAAAUGUAAUCUAUGGCACAAAGGACGUUUGUCACCCGGUUACAUUGAAAAUGUUUCGGUACAUUUUAAGAUGCAAAUUGUUUAUUCAGCAGUUAUGAAAAGUUGGGAGUAUGAUUUCUAUUUAAAGUUUCAUCUUUUUUCUGGGUACAGAUGGAUUCUUGUGUUUUUUCUCCCCUCACUCUGCAUGUCCCAUUUUUUUAUAAACCUGCACACAUUCCAUCAUUUCUAAGGGCCCCAAUCCUGAGCUGAAUCCUAAAUUUC